CACCAGCACAGCUCACUGCUCUUUCUUUAGAAGGAAGGAAACUUGUUAAGUGUCAAGGCUGCCCUCCAAUGACAAGUUGAAUGCUCACCAGAAGUCAGAGAUUUCGAAAGUUCUCUCCGUUCUGAUACUUGAGAACAACUUCAACGCACAGAAGUCUCAACAGCGACAGGUUGGUGCCGUCCAGCCCAGAUAUCCGGCCUCUGCAAUGGUGUCAGAUCCAGGAGAUAACUCUACAGACAACUCAGAUUCAGUGGACAUCUGUCAGGAGGAAGGACCUACAGAACUUUUCCCAGAGAAGCACACAAAAGGUUAUGAAACCCGUAGCAACAAGACAGAGAUGGCGAGUUCCCCUGACCAUGUAGAGGCUGAGGAGAGGGCCUUCGUUGAUAAUCUCUAUCGCUUCAUGAAGGACCGUGGCUCACCCAUUGAAAGAAUUCCACAUCUCGGAUUUAAACAGAUUAAUUUGUGGAAAAUCUACAAAGCAGUGGAGGCAAUGGGAGGCUAUGACACUGUGACUGGAAGGCGCUUGUGGAAGAACGUGUACGAUGAGCUAGGGGGAAGUCCGGGCAGCACGAGUGCCGCUACGUGUACCCGUAAACACUAUGAGAGGCUCAUUCUACCUUUUGAGAGACAGCUGAGAGGAGAGGAGUACAAGCCCCUCCCCCAAUCCAAACCUCGAAAACUCUACAAGAAGAGCCCAGAUGUGAAGAAGAGCAAAGCUGAGGGGAAGACGAAGAGAAAGGUGACGCAGAGGGAAGAAAAGACAACAAGCAAUAAGGAAACUGCCCAGCGCCACCCAUCCAGCGGAUUUCUCCAGGACAGGCCCCAGUCCCAUAACAAUAAGCAGUUUGGGGCCCAUGAGACGUCUGGCUUCAUCAAGCUGGAGUCUCCUCGCGACGUCAGCCUCAUAGUGCCAUCGUCAGGCCCAGCUGGGGUCAUCUCCCCCCUGGAGAAGAAGAAGCUGAUGGCCCAGGCCAGCCUGUGUGUGCUGCAAAGCCCCAAAGUAGUAGCAGACUGUGACUCAGGAGGAAGCACAUUUGUCAUCCAUCGUUCUCCGCCAUCACCGGGUGUUCUAACGCAAGGCAGUGCCCGCAACUCAUCGGACGGCUCCCCUCUCCCUCCUUCCUCCCCUUCUGUCUCGUGUUCCCUCAGCCCUUCCCCUGGUUCCGUCUCGUCUGAGGAACACCCACCACAAGCCACUGAGGCCACCGCGAGUGGGUCAGUCACAGACACCAAGAGGGGAACACAGUUGAAGACUCCUCCCGUGGCCGUGGGUCACUCUGCUCCCCGCUCACAACCACCACCACAGAGUAGCCAUGUGUUACAUAAACCACUAAGCCGUCACCCCACACGGCUGGAGAGCCUGCACCAGCGUCAAGGUGUUUUCCAGACGUGUUCUUCGAGCCAACUCACCGCUACUACUCUGGCUUUGGAUGCCAGAAAGAGGUACACGUCACGAGAGAUUUACACGCCACCCUCUGAGAAACAAGGGCAACCUUCUCAGCACCCUGUUUUAAAGAAGAACAAAAUGACACCCUCCUGGACGUCCUCAGCGUCCAGUUUCACCAGAGUGGUGCCCAGGUCCAGAGACGUCGCCUCACCUGUGUCCGCUCAUCCGUUCCAUAAAGCCGUGCCUCUGAUGUUUGAGCCGUCAUACGAAGCGUACAUGAGACACGAGCAGGAGCUGAGGCACCAACCCCGAAAGACACAAACAUUUUCUCCUUUGCAUUCCAGUGUAGGCAAAAAAGAUAAAGGCAUACACGUUUGGCACGGUCCCCUGCCGUUGUUGCAUCAUUCAAGCAUUGGUCUGCAAGUACCUUACAUAGGACCAGAGCACCACAUUAAAGGGCUAAGAAGCCCGCACUCAUUUCUGUCUCCAACCUAUCUCCCCAUAGCUCAUCUGAACUCACACCACCAGCCACUGUUCAUGCCUGCUGGUGCCAGCGUCCCCAUCCUCCAUGAAUACCCACUUCAGUCAAAUCCACUCACACCACCUUUCGGGCCACCACUGGCUGGUCACUAUCCAUAUUCAUCAAACACUAGAUUAUAAACUGUUCUUACACACUCUGGCAUAAAAAAGCAAACUGCUCCACACACUCCAAAUGCAUGGUACGUGCAUCACCAAACACCACUGGAUUUAGGAAAUGCAUGACCUCUAUGAGAUGACAGAGAAGUGAGAACAAUAGGUCAUGACAGCAAACAGUGAAACAAACUACUGUACUGUAUUGAGAUUUUUAGGUGCAUCAAUGUUCACAAGAUUUUUAUCUUGAAGUGUUUCAGCUGCUUUCAGCUGUCUGGACUACAUGCCAUUGCAUCUCGCAGGUGUUGUUAUUCUCUCGGAUCUGAUAGGAUCGGUCAGUUUUUCCAACAUCCCAUCAACUGUCUUUUGGGUCCUAUAUCUGUAUGGCCAAGUAAACUAGAUGAUGCGACCUGGUGACAAAAAAAAUACCUGGUCAGAAAAUUGUCUGGCCAGUCUAGUACCCCAUCUUUGGAAGUAAGUUAAGACACAUAAGGAUGGCAAACCUGUCCUCCAAUCAGAAGUUACUGUGCUUUUCCAUUGAAAUCUGUGUAGCAGAUGGGUUUAGCACAGAGAUGCCACAGCUGCGCUAACUAUUACUGUGCAUGCAGCCAAGUAGUUUGAACUGGCACUGUAUGUAUAACUCUGAUCCCACCAGAUAUGAAGAAGCCCCAAAAAACUGUCAUGUAUUCAUCCUGCUAUGGAUCAAACUGCUGCCUUAUGACAUAUGAUAACAUUGUGUGAUUCAUGUGUCAAAGUGGUGAAGACUGGAGACUACCUUAUUGUAUUGUUGGAAAGUACUAUAUUUGUUGCGAAGGGGGAGGCAGCCUGCACAUUUUCUAAAUACUGUUUAUUUUUACAGACCAUUUCAGUUACUAUUUCAUAAUAAAUGCUUCCUCUUAAUUGUGAAGUCUUUUUUUCUCAGUCAGUAUCUAUACACAGCAUCAUUUCAGCACAAGCCCUCAUCAUUCGUGGACUUACAGUAGUAUACAAUACCGUAAUCAUUACUGAUAGGCCUACCUGUCUGAUCUUCUGUCUACUGUGACUACUGGCAUAUGAACAUUUUGACAGCUACUGAUAUGCAUGCGUA